GCCGUAAUUAAUCAAGCCUAGACGGAAGGAUGAGCUUUUAAAAAACAGCGCGACUUUUGCUGCGUUUUCUAACUUAGACCCUUUCUUUAGUUUAACUGUUUUUGCGGAGUUAACUGAAGUCAAAGCCAACGUUAUGUCUACAAAGAAACUGGCCAAAGAAUUGGGAUUAUUGAGGCAGCGGUCCUCUAAUGGGUCAAAGAAAUCAUUAUUAUCAAGUCAAAUAUUUUCAUAUCUGAUUGUGAUUGAUUUUGAGUCCACUUGCUGGAGAGAAAAAAACAACUACAGCCAGGAAAUAAUUGAGUUUCCUGCUGUUCUGCUGAACACGUCCACAGGGGAGGUCGAGUCCGAGUUUCAUAAUUAUGUACAACCUCAAGAGCAUCCCAUUCUGUCCGGGUUCUGCACUGAGCUGACCGGGAUUACACAGAUGCAAGUUGAGGCAGGGAUCCCCCUUCAGAUCUGUCUUUCUCGGUUCAGCCGCUGGCUGCAAAACCUGCAGCUCGAGAAGGGUGUGGUCUUUCCCAACAGACAACAGAGAUCUUCUACACCUUCACCUUCUCAAAAGCUGUGUACUUUCCUCACAUGGUCAGACUGGGAUCUUGGAGUUUGUUUGCAGUACGAAUGUAAACGCAAGCAGCUCCACAAACCUGAUGUGCUCAACAGCUGGAUAGACCUGAGAAGCACCUACAGGCUGUUUUAUGACAGGAAACCCAAAGGUCUAAACGGAGCGCUACAAGAUCUGGGAAUACAGUUUUCAGGGAGAGAACAUUCUGGUUUGGAUGACUCCCGAAACACAGCUCAUUUGGCAGCGAGAAUGAUGUCGGAUGGGUGUGUGAUGAAGAUAACUAGAAGUCUAGAGAGGACCCCGUCAAUGGUCAGACCCAUGUUUGGAAAUACAGCUGCAGACAGCAAAAAAGAAAAAUCCAAUGACAAUAAAGAGGAAAACACACUUACCACAAAUAAACCCGCAUCAUUCAAGAAUCCCCCUAAAUCAUGUUCAGAGAAAAUCACAAGGGAUUUAGACACAAAGGAGAACUCAAGUUCUGUUCAAAUCUGUCAAAGCCUGAUUGCACCAAAGACUGUGCUGAAUGGUACAACUACACCACCCUGGGGACGCAGCAAGAGGUCAGCAGCUGCUGUCGCUAAUAUGUCCUCUUCAGUCCUGUUAAAUCAUUCUUCAGCUUCCAAUAACAACAACAGCAGCAGCAGCCUUGUUCUGUGUUCAACGACUGUGGGUUGCAUUUUAAAUCAGCCUCCGCCGAACCAGCCCUCCAACUCAGGAGCAACAGUAAAGGGUGUGGAAGAAGAAGAGGAUGCUGAAAUUUUCGUGGAAACAGAGGAAAGGUGUGGAUCAUACGAUGAUGUGGUGCUGAUGGGUGAUGAUGAUGUGAUCAGUGAAACAGAAAGAGAAUUUGCUGUUGAUUAUGCGUCAGAUUUUGACGGUGGAUGUCAUGUGUGGAAGGAGCCUAAUGGUACACAUUUAACAGGCGAUCGGGAUGAUAUAAGAGCAACAGUGAGCGUUGAAAACCACUUUAAAACUCAAAAGAUAACUGGGGGAUCAUCAAUGACGUCUCUGCCUACAAAGAUGAGAUCCCAAGUUAAUGUGUAUAAUCACUUAAAUAAUAACAGGCAGCAUUCAACAGUUUCAGAGCCCAAAAAUUGUUUUGCUGUGCCUAAAACUGUAACUCGGGAUUGCAAAUCAAAUCAGCGCAAAACAGGACUCAAGUCAGACGGGCCUUGUAAAAACUCUGAAACAAACACACCCUUUCUGUUCAGGCACAAACCCUUCAUCCCAGAAAAGACCUCCACCCCUAAUAACUCAUUUACCAGACCCAAAGCAGUCAUCACACAGCACACAAAGCUUAAAGAGACUCCAAAAUCUUCCUUUACCAUCUACACUGACCCAGCAAAACCCCCCCGUCCCUCCUCAUGUGGCUCUUUUUCCAACAGCGUCCUUAACUCCCUGUCCACCAACACGCUCUCCUCGUUCAUGAGCCGCUCCUCCGUUUCUAUGACGACGAAAGGAGGACAGAGGGUCACAUCCCCACUGUGUUCAUGUGGACGUCGUGCAAAGCGUCAGGUCGUAUCCAAUGGUGGGCCAAACCACGGGCGAGGGUUUUACUGCUGUCCGGUCCGCCGGUCUGGCGGCGGGGGCAGGAUCCAGAGGGGCUGUGAGUUCUUUCAGUGGGAGUCUGCUCUGAUGCAGAGCGGCUCGCCUGCUGUCGGCUCCUCUGUCUCGCUCUGUCAGAUGAACCAGAGCUGUCGGCCGUCACAGAGGUCAGCACUGAGAAAGAGCUGCUGACUCACUGUGGAGGAAAAGUAAAGCCGGGAGUGUUAUGUCUCAGUCACAUAGACGACUCACUGUGAAAAGUUUUCUCCAAAAGAUCCUCAAUGUAGUUUGUUUGUUAAUUUGUUUCAGUCAAACCAACAACCACCAAGUCGAUCUCCUUUUAUCAGCUUCCUACAGCAGUACAAAUCAAAGCCGUCGUGUUUAUUGACUUAGUGAGUGGUCAAUUUGAUUUACUAAUACCAGUCUGGACAAUUAAUUUUCUUUUAUCAUGUAAAAAG